GAACGCCCCAGUCCAUGCCGGACAAGAAUGACACCUCCUGCCAGCCUCUGCCUGCUUCUGCUCGGAGAGCUAGGCAUCUUUGCACUGGGCCACUUCACAAAAGGUCAGAACAGCAGCACCCUGAUUUUCACAAAGGGAAAUACCAUUCGCAACUGCAGCUGCCCUGUUGGCGUCAGAGACUGUGACUACAGUUUGGCCAGCUUGAUGUGCAGCUGUAAAUCUGUCCUGCCUUUUGCCAUGGAGCAAACCAGAUAUGACCACCUGACCAUCUGGUUCACGGAUGCAUCCACACUGGGCCAGCUGCUGGAAUUCACUCUGGUCCAGGACCUGAAGCUUUCCUUGUGUGGCUCCUACACUCUCCCCACAAAGUACCUGGCUAUCUGUGGGCUGCAGAGGCUUCGAAUCAGUGCUGAGGCCAAGCGUCCCUUCCGGGAGCAGAGCUUGCUCGUCCCCAGCAGAAGGGACAGCAGGUCCUCGUACAAAGGCUGGCAAACAUGUAUGUUUAUCUCAUUCUUAGAUAUGGCUCUUUUCAACAGGGACUCAUCUUUAAAGUCAUACAGCAUUGAUAACGUUUCUAGCCUCACCAGGGACUUUCCUGAUUUUCCCUACUUUAAAACAUCCCCAAUUCCAAACAACAAAAGCUGUGUUGUCACCAUCAUUUACUAG